AUGCGAUUAGGAUUAGCUCACAGUCUUGACAGAUACAAGUUGAAAUGCAACCCGGACAAGAUUGAUACAAUGAUAGUUCAAGCAGUCGGUCUGAUGGAUGAGUUAGACAAAGAGAUCAAUAACUACAUUAUGCGUGCUAAAGAAAUGUACGGUUGGCAUUUUCCCGAAUUGUCGAAAAUCGUUGUGGAUAAUAUUACUUAUGUAAAUGUCGUCAAACGAAUUGGUCAUAGAGUGAAUGCCAGUGUAGACCUAUCUGAUCUCGUAACCGAUGAUGUAGCUAGUCAGAUAAGGGAAGCUUCUAUUGUCUCCCUCGGAACAGAAGUUAUAGAUGAAGAUAUCGCGAUGAUCAAUGAAUUGUGUGAUCAAGUUAUAGAGGCUUCUAGUUCUCAAGCUCAACUACAUGAUUAUCUCGUCAAAAGGAUGGUUGCAGUCGCUCCUAAUCUUACAUCACUUGUUGGCGAAUUGAUUGGGGCAAGGUUAAUUGCUCGUGCCGGGACGCUUCUUAAUUUAGCAACAGUUCAAAUACUUGGAGCAGAAAAAGCAUUGUUCCAAGCUUUGAAAACACGACACAGCACACCGAAAUAUGGUUUGUUAUACCAUGCAAGUCCGUGA